ACGUUACAGCGGACUCCGGGUGACGUAUUUCCGGUUCCGCUGCAGGGCCGAGACCUUCCGGAAGUGAUUGGGCUGCCGUCGCUAGGUGGUCCCCGAGCCUGUGGUGGGAGAAACGGUGCCCGGUGGGAAUAUUUAUUCAGAAGAUAUAUCAUCAGAAUGGACGGUGAAGAGAAGACAUAUGGCGGCUGUGAAGGGCCUGAUGCUAUGUAUGUAAAACUUAUUUCCUCUGAUGGUCAUGAGUUCAUUGUUAAAAGGGAACAUGCUUUGACAUCUGGAACAAUAAAGGCCAUGUUGAGUGGUCCAGGGCAGUUUGCUGAAAACGAAACAAAUGAAGUGAAUUUUAGAGAGAUCCCGUCUCACGUCCUGUCUAAAGUCUGCAUGUACUUUACCUACAAAGUCCGUUACACAAACAGUUCUACGGAAAUCCCAGAGUUUCCCAUUGCGCCGGAGAUCGCACUGGAGCUCCUGAUGGCAGCCAACUUCCUAGAUUGUUGAAUAAAGUAAAUUAUGGGGAAAUAACUAUGUAAAAUGUUUUUCUUUUGUAUUUAAAACCAUAAAAACCGCCUCCUUUAUAUAUGUUCUUUCCUUUGGUCAUCUUAGCAUGUUUGCUCUUUGUUUUCUGCGUGAUGUACAUUAUGCUACGGUAUUCCCUUAUUUCUCAGCAAAGCUCUAAAAUCCUCUGCAUCUCCACAUACAGAUUACUUUCCCACAUCAUAGUAAUAUUAAUAAACCAGUAUGAGAAUUGGA